UCAGGGUGGACGAUCCAUUUCCUGUGCUGCCUGCUGGAGAGAAGGAAGAUGUGGACAAUAGGAAGCGCUGGCAGGAGGGGAGGCGAUGCGGAUCGAAGGAGCACUACUGAUCGCUGGUGAGCUGGAUGUGUAACUUAAUGGAAUGUGAAGGGGAAUGAAGCCUCACAUAGGUCUGCAGAGGUAGCAGGGCCUCAGACAAGCCAAGACAUGAAGCUCAAUGAGAGGAAUUUGGUCUAUUAUGCCACCUGCAAGUCUCCAGUGGAUAAAUGUGGGUUCUUGUAUAAAAAGGGUGAGCGCAAUGCUUCCUAUCAUAGGCGCUGGUUUGUGCUGAAGGGUAACAUGCUCUUUUAUUACGACGGUGAAGACAGUAAAGAGCCCCUCGGAGUGAUUAUACUGGAAGGGUGUAGAGUGGAGCUAUACGAGUCUACUGAAGAAUUUGCUUUUGCUAUCAAAUUUGGCUAUGCCAAAUCCCGUGCCUAUGUUCUUGCUGCUGACAACCAAAGCACAAUGGAAUCCUGGGUAAAGGCUCUUUCCAGGGCAAACUUUGAAUACAUCAGACUUGUAGUAAAUGAACUUCAGGAGCAGCUCGUGGAAAUAAAGAAAAGUCAGAGGUCAAUUAGUGGAACUAGGGACACUACAGAAUUAAAUCCCAGUUCCCAUAGGGACUGUCCUGCUGUCCCUGAUAUUCAGGAUAGGCCUUUUCUAAAAGACAAUGGCAGCGUGCCAUGGAAUAGCCCUCCAGAUAAUGUGCCUAAUGGUGUCGCUCUUACAAAUGGGCCAAAAUAUAAAUACACAGAAGGGCAUUUAAGAGAUGACCCAGGGGAGAGUGCCCAGCUUUACUUCAUGGCAUCUGAGAAGAGUCUGCAGAGUGACAGUAGUGCCAGUAAUGAGGAGGCUGAAGACACUCCCAACUUCUCCAGGCUUCAUGAUUUAUUUGGUAAAGAAAUUCUGGAACUAAGAUCACAGUGGGCUAAAAACGCCUAUGAACAAUCAUGAGCAGCAUGCUGGAAAUCUCUACUUGGUGUCA